AUGGCUUUUUCUUCGUUUUCUUCUAAUGGUUUGGCGUUUUUGCUGCUGCUUGCAGUGGCUCUGGUGGAUUCAGCUCGAGGCUGUGUGUUCUACGCCGGAGGAAAAGAUGGAUGGGUGCUGAAUCCCUCGGAGAGCUACGGGCAUUGGGCCGAGAGAAAUCGGUUUCAAGUCAAUGACUCCAUUGUUUUUAAGUACAAGAAGGGGGAGGACUCUGUUUUGGUGGUGGCGGAGCAAGACUUUGAUUCGUGCGACGUGAGCAACCCGAUCCGGAAGCUCAAUGGCGGCGACUCCCGGUUUGUGUUCGAGCGGUCGGGGCCGUUUUUCUUCGUCAGCGGAGCGCCAGGGAGGUGCGAGCGCGGGCAGAAGCUGGCAGUGGUGGUGAUGGUCGUGCGACGACCAUGCUGGCCGCCCAUCUCGGCCCCGCGGUCCUGCCUCCGACCCCUGCUUCUUCGCCACCUCGAUGGGCACCUCAGUAUCCGCCUCUGCUUCCUCCGUCGGUGA